ACUAUGCCAACAAGAAUGUGGCUGAGAGCAUGCUGGAUCUGGCUCUGCUGAUGGCGAACGCCUCUCAGCUAAAGGCUGUGUUGGAGCAAGGGCCCAACGUCUCCUUUUACGCUCUCAUCGUCACUUUAAUAAGCAUCUCCCUGUGUCUGCAGGUCACCGUUGGAAUCCUUCUCGUCUUCAUAGUUCGAUGGAACCUCAAUGAUGAGCGAAAGCACCGGCAGCUGAACCUUUUGGAGAACUUGGCUACAGGCCUGGUUUUUAUGAUAGUGGUUGUUAAUGUGUUCAUAACAGCCUUUGGAGUCCAUCGGCCAAACCGCACUGACUGACUGAUAAAGUAAAAAAAAAAAAAAAAAACACACAGGUAGGUGUUUUCUCUGCUGACACUGUGCAGUUUACUCCUAUAGACAUCCAUGUUGUCAGCAUGUUUUUGGUUCUGACCUGACCUGCGCAAUCCCCUACCUGACCCACAAAUACGCUGACCCCCCCUCCAAGCUCUGGAAAAGCCCGGAAAUGUUGUUUUCUUCAACUCACACAAAAUCCAAUUCGUGCUCAUUUGCUCGAACAUCAGCAAAGAGAAACAACGGUAGUUACAAAGUGGCGAGGUGUGUAAACAACACAACAUUUGUUCAGAGCCAUU